UAAAACGUUGUAAGAUUAGUCACCAAUUUGUAAGGCGCAACUAUUUGGAAAAUUGCCAAUGGCCUCGGGUUGACAGGUAUGGUAACAUUUGACGCAGGCAACAAUUUGAAAAGUACUGGAGUAAAAGUACAGAUACGUGCUGAAAAAUGUAGUGAAGUAAAAGUAAAACUACCACUUCAUAUUUGUACUCAAGUAAAGUACAGAUAUACAAAAUGUAUUUAAGUACAGUAACGAAGAACUUUUACUUUGUUACAUUUCACCACCGUUUUAUACAAGCAAUAAAACGACAAAUUGCCAUAAAAGGUGCACUUAUUGAUAUCUACAACCAGGCAAGAGAAGUGAUGGUACAGUCUUGUGUGUCAAUGACUCAUGUCAUCACUUCCUGACCUUGGUGGUACAAAUCAGAACGACUCCAGCUUCCUUUAUUUGCUGUGAAAGCGCACAGUGAAGUCCUAACCAGCGACCAUGGCUUUUUUGGAUACUCUUCGUCAAUGGGACGACGCAGUAACAUGUGUGGACAGAAAUGAUUUGGCUGAAGCACUCAGGAUGUUCUUGUCCAUCCAAGAACCAAACUCUAAAAUUUGCUUUAACAUCGGCUGUCUCCAGCUUCUGAACCAAAACCUGGAUGCUGCAGAAAAGGCUUUUGACUGCAGCAUAUGCAAGGAUGAACAUUUGGCUGUGGCCUUCUUCCAAAGAGGAAUCACCUUUUACAAAAAGAAGAGGUAUGAGGAGAGUGUCAGUGACUUCCAACUAUCCCACAAGGCUCUGAGGGGCAACCAGCUGAUAGAUUACAAAGUGCUUGGUCUCAGAUACAAGUUAUAUGCAUGUGAGGUUUUACACAACAUGGCCCUGGCGGAGGCUCACUUGGGUCAGUGGGAAAAAGCCCAGAAGAACCUUGUGAAGGCUUUCGAAUGCAAAACCGAUGCAAAGCAGAGUGUCCUCGACAGAGCUAUGCAGUCUAUCCUGAAACAGAAAGUUUUUAAAGCAGUCGAGUUCCCAGCCACUGUGCUGUUUCGACCGAAUAAACAUUACGUUGCUGAACUGGAAAAGAAGGACUACUUGGGAAAAGCCAAGGUGGUUGCUUCUGUUAUUCCUCAGGAUAAAUUCUCUGGAUUUGCACCUUUAAAGCCACAGGUUGAACAGGAACCUUCAGGUCCUAAGGAGCCUGAGGUUAUGAGGGCUUUGGAAGGAGACCCUCACAUCGUGCGCUACGAGUUUAUCCCCGAGACGAGCGACGAGCUGGCUGUUGUCCCUGGCAAUAUUGUGUUUGUUCUGCAGAAAGGGUCCGACAACUGGGCCUCAGUCGUCUUUAACGGAAGAAAGGGACUUGUUCCUUACAAUUACCUGGAACGCAUGGAAAUGUCCUUGGAUACUAAGCAGAAGAACGAACUAUCAGAACCUCCAAAUCGGGAACCACCGACCAGGCCAGAAAGGAAACAAGGUCUCAAUCGUACAGACAGAAGCAAUGGAGAUUUACGGCAGGAGGAGGCCCAACUUCCUGACAACUCGUGUAUUGUCAAAGUGCAUUACACAUUCAACUUUGCAGUGUCUCUAACAAGUGGCUCCACUUACUCGACACUUAUCGAAAAGAUCAGUAAAAAACUGAACGUUUCCACCGUUUCAGUCACGUUGAGGUUGACAUCAGAUCCAACAAGUGUCUUGAAUGAGAACACAGACAUGGAGAGCGUUUGGGGUCGCGCUCAGAACAAGCACCUGACAUUGUGGUGUAAUAUCAAGGACCAAACUGGAGUACAGCAACCACAGAAUGAGAUUGUUUUUGUGGCACUUCACUCUUACGAAUCAUCAAAUCCUGAGGAUCUCAAUUUUAACCAGGGAGAUAAAAUCACUCUCAUCAGUAAAAUUAACCAGGACUGGUUGGAAGGACAUUCUAAUGGAAACACUGGCAUCUUUCCUGUAUCCUUUGUGGAGGAAGUUCCUGUGAAUGACCAGUGAUGCAAUAGCGAUACCUCUCCUGCCUUCCACAGCUUUCCCCACAGGCGUCUCCCCCAACUUUUGCUCCAAGCCACGCCAGCUCCGAGUUGCCAGAAAUGAUGCUGAAAAGACACAGUGAACAUAAGUGUGCUUCACCCUAAUACUGCAAGUUUAAGACAAUAAACAACUGAAAAUCCAUCAA